AUGGUGAGGUUUGACAUUGAGUCACUAUUUACAAACUUACCACUAAAUGACUGCCUAGAUAUAAUUGCAAAAAGACUUAAGAACAUGUCACCAGAUUAUGUAGAUAUUGUAAAACACUGUCUCACAUCAGGAUACCUAAUGUGGAAAGAUGAGUUCUAUGUGCAGGUUGAUGGAGUAGCCAUGGGUUCUCCAGUGUCACCUAUAGUCGCUGACAUCUUCGUGGAGGACUUUGAGGAGAGAGCUCUGGCCAAUGCCCCGGUUAAACCUCGACUGUACAAGAGAUAUGUCGAUGACACAUUUGUAGUACUCCCCAAUGACAAAAUAUCUGCAUUUCUAGCACAUUUAAAUUCAAUACACAAUAACAUUAAAUAUACUGUUGAACAAGAGAACAAAAACUGUCAAAUUGUCGUGGUUAAAAUACAAUGUAGUUCAAGUUCCAGUCGAUCACGAUGGAACCUACGCCUUGAAUUUGACAAGAAUAAUUACCAUAUAGCAAUCUUGGGUGCAACUGUGGAGCGCCCAUACAUAACAGUGCAUAACAAAGAGAUUGUGACAUUGAGUGCACUACUAACAUUUCAUCUGAAGACAAGAAAAGGUGUGGCCAAAUGGUCACACAUAAAAGAUUUCUUUGAAAUCGACAACAAAACCCCAAAUUUUGUGUUCGCUCCUGCUUUCACAAAGAAAUGCAAAACAAAAAAUGUGCGUCAAACUAGCUGCACAAGUUUUGAGCCACACAGUGGCAGCGGACUUUAUGCAAAGAUAGCUGAUGGCGCACUCAGUACAGAAGCUGCUAUUACUGCAAAUGUGAUAUCACAUAUGGACAAGCUUUUUGACGCCCUGAAUAGCGACUCAGCAGACUUGCGGCGAGGAGAAAUUUUCUCCACAAACUUGACAGCGAAAAGCCCACACCACAAAUUAUUUCAGAGUAUGAAAUAUUUUUUGAAAACAUUGAAAUUUAUGGGGUCUCUGCGAACACCCCCACAGGAAGGUUGGAUUUGGACCAUUAAUGGCGUCGAGCGGCUGUUUAAGCAAUUCGCUAACGAGGGUAUAAAGAGCCGGGCCACAAGACGGUUACAGCAAGAUCCAUUAGAAAAUUUGUUUGGCUGCAUAAGGGGCAACUGUGGCUCAAAUUCCAACCCAACUGUGGGCACAUAUUGGGACCACAGGAUGUAA